AUCAACCCCUGGCCCGGUGCGCGGCCACAUCGCGGCCACUUCUUGUCUCCCACUCUGUCUGUCUCUCUCUCUCCCCGGCCCCCUUCACUCUCAGUCUGCCUCGUCUCUUCCAUGGGGCCUGGUCGAGAUCAACAGGGGCUGUUUGGUGUUGGUGGUUGGAUGGCCCUGCUGGUAUAAGGUCGAGUGACCCGCCAUUUCGUCUCCCCCCUUGAGACAAUUCGAUCGUUUCCUUUGUCGUCUUUUGAAUCUCAACAUCUCUUCUCGAUAUCGACAUCAGCAAUGACGAGCUAGAUCUCGCGUUGGUCGACGGGUUAUCUCCAAGUGCGAGCCACCGGUGGCGUACGAAUCGAUAUCACAGCAAUAAUCCAACAUCUCACCUCGAAAUAUCUACGUCUCUCACUCGAUCUCUCUCAACUCAUACAAACAUCUCAUCAAACGCCGCUCAGAACCGCUCUUCACCAACCCAACCAACAAUGUACUCAUAAACAAACACAUCUCGCAUCAAAUCCAGCCCCUACGGCAAACCACUCUUGAACGCAAAUAUGCCGCCCCGGGUCACCGGCAACCUCCCUUUCCUGGUCGACCGCUCCAUCAUCCCUUAUGUCUCCAACUCAGCCUCUACCUCUGCCUCAGCAGCAGCAGCAGCAGCGACAACAACCGCAGCAGCAAACACCACGAUCCCGCCCUGGCUCAUCCUCCCGAGACCCGACCCGAACGAGUGGAAUGGCGCAUCCGUCGUGCCCGUGGCCGUCCUCUCGGCCGUCGUGGCCACCGCUUUUGUUGCCAUGCGCUUCUACACCCGCGCCAGGAUCCUGCGCUCCGUCAAGUGGGAAGACUGGACCAUCCUCGCCUCUCUCAUCUUUGCCAUCGCUACCAGUGGAGGCAUGAUCACUCAACUCAACUUUGGCCUUGGCCAACAUCUCUACUACUCCUAUCCCUCCUUCGCCGCCUACAUCGAAGCAGGCAUCUUCACAAACCUAUUCUACUCCGUCAGCCUCACCCUGACCAAGAUCUCCAUCCUCCUCCUCUACAUCCGCAUCCUCACCUACGACUCCAUCCGUCUCCUCGGCAAGAUCCUCCUCGGCGUCGUCGUCCUCUCCCACGCCUGGAUCAUCGCUAGCAUCCUCACCACCUGCGUGCCCCUCCACUCCGCCUGGGACUACGACCCUCUCAACCCGCCCGUCUACUGCCAUCCCAUCUCCGUCUUCUGGGGCAACGCAUGCCUCCACCUCGCCACUGACUUUCUCAUCUUCCUCCUACCUCUGCCCGUCAUCCACACCAUGCGUCUCCCCCGCCGGCAGAAGACAGGGUUGUACAUCGUCUUCUGCCUCGCGUUCCUUGUCUGCGCAAUCUCCAUAGUCCGCCUCGUUCGCCUCUUCCACACGGACGAGACGCCCCUCCAAGUAAUGGACGUAACCUGGUCCGCCGUCCGCAUCGCAAACCUGACCUGCGUCGAGGUCCACGCUGCCAUCGUGACAGCCUGCCUCACCACCCUCAAACCCCUACUUUGCCGCCUCUUCCCCCGCUUCAUGGCCUCUGCUACCGGCGGCAACACCACCGGCGGCGGUAUUAUGUAUAGCUCCUACAGCGCCUACGCGGCAGCAGCAGCAGACGCUGCCCGCCGCGAGGAGUGGGAAAAGAACUUCUCCCACGGCGACCCGGAGAUGCACUAUCAGCGUCCCCUAACCAUCGGCACCAAAUCGAACCGCCCACGCGCGCAGAGGGACACCUUUGCCAGCCUGGACGACCUCAAGUUCUCCCCCUAUGAAGAGGCGACAGAGCAUGAAGAGCACGUCGACGUGUUGACGACGAUGAAGCCGCCGGCGCGGAGCAGCAUUCGGGGCGGCAGCCGAGGCAGCCGCGACGAGUUCCGGCUCGCGGAAGUCGAUGCCGGCGCGCCGUUGCGGUGGCCGUCCACGCUCGUGAGGAAGUCGAGGCUUCAGCCGCCGCAGGGCGCAAAGACGCGCGGGUCGAUGCUGCGGUACGCUCAGACCGUGCGGUCUAUGCGCUUCAGCUCGGCUCCCAUGCCCGAGAAUCGGAUUUAAUGAAUUACAUGUAUAACAAGGAAAUGGCAAGGCGUUCAUGGGGGAGUGAUGGGGAGGACAUUUUGGCAGCGAAUACUUUCAGAUUCGCCAGCACACAACCACAGCCGACCAAACAACAGAGAGCCAC